AUGGCGUUCAAAUGACAUUUAACGUACCGUGAUGUGUUUACCAAAAAAAUGACCAUAAAUUACAAUAAUAAAAACGUACCUUGUCGUUCCAGGUUACCAUUCGGGGUUCCAAUCGAUGAUAUAUUUCCAUCUGAUGACAUCCAUCCUCAUUUAAAAGCUACGUUUAUAAGAGCAUAUCAAGAUAUAACAUCAUCAAGAUUACCUAUAUUAGAUAUUUUGGGCAAGUAUCAAGGCACAGUCGACCAACGAUUGGAAGUGAAAAAAGCCGUGUCACAAUGCAGGCAAAUGCCGAACGUAACCCCUCCUGGUGUUAUAUUAUGGGUGAUAAGGCAUUUUAUGGGAUUAUUACCCAUCCCUUUACUUCCAAGUUAUUCAGACGAGAAAUAUUUUAAUUGGUAUCAGUUAGCUAGGGUUUGCAAACAGACGUUUUUACAACACAGAAUAGUUGAUGUUAACAAUGGAUUGUUAACAGCAAAAAUUGCUAAAGAUUUAUUAAGACUACCAUCAUCAAAUCUUCUGUUAUUUGCUAUUCUUGUGCAAUUUAUUCGUUUAAUUGCAUCAAAUAAGUACGCAAAAAAGCGAUUGAAUCAUUUAACUGCUUAUUACAUGGUAAGAUAUUUUUGUUCAACACUAUUUUUACGUCCAUACACACCAGGAAAAUUAACAAAGUUGGAUAAACAAUAUUUUCCGUUAUUAUUGUACACCGUUUUAAGAUGGCCAGAAAUCCAAGCAUUGUUCAAACAAAAAUCAAAACUUAUAACAUCACCGCAAUUUGAAAUACCCGAAGAGUUAAUUAACACGAAAAAAAUCUAUUCUUUAAUAACGAAACGUUACGUCGAUGUUUCUACUCAAACCGAUAUCAAAUUGUGUUUGUUAGACCGAAUUUCUGAAGUUAGUUUUGAAACUUGCGAUUUUUUAAAAGAUGUAGGUGUUCAAACUUGUCAUUUUCGCGAACCAGAAAACCUCGAUUUUGAACGAUCAAGUAUGUUUUCUGAAGAUUUAAGCUUAACGAAACUAUGCGGAACGCAAAGUUCUUUGUCAUUGAUUAGUUUUGAUGAAGUUUUUAAGAAUGUCAACGAACGGGGUUCAUCACCAAGAGAAAUUGGGUGUAAUACUGAAUAUUCUCUUCCGAUUAUUUUAAAAUUGAAUGAAACUUCUAAAAUUGAUCGGGGUGUUAACACAGAAAAUUUGAUCAAUUAUGGUUGGAGUACACCAAAAAAUUGUAUUACACCGGAAGGUGAAUAUAUUUAUGAUAGUUACGAUACGUCCAUGUUAAAUUUAAUAUCGCCUAAAUUACCGGAAAUUAAUGAUAACAAUAAAGAAAUAAUGAAAAAAAUUUCGAAAAUCGGAUGGACUUACACCCCACCAAAAAGUAACACUUUAAUCGAAUUAAAUAAAGAUAAUGAAGAAAAUUUAAACAAUUAUACGCUUUGUUAUGGAUCUAAAGAGCUAUUAGAUGUGGAUAUAAAAGAAACUGUUUCGCCAAAAAAUAAUAAUCUAAAUGAAGAAGAAGAAAAUGGCCAUUCUGUGAAAAGAAAACGUAGUAAUUUCAGUGUCGCUUCGAUUAAAAGCAAAUUAGAUUUUUUGAAGAAAUUUACCCCUAGAAAAAACAAACUUAAAACAUCUAAUAGUUUAGAGGAAAUAAGUAAUAUUAAAUAUAAAAAGAUGACAUCUAAAAAAUCUACUACGUUUUAAAUACCUUAUCUUAUUAAUAUUAAUAAGUUUAUCAAUGAA